AUGCCAGCAAAGAAGCAGAGAGGCAAAACCCUUAAGAAACCCGAGUGGUGGCCGGUGACUAGACGUCCAUACAGCGCAUUUGAAUUGAAAUUGUGGCGCCGAGAACAUGAGGAUGCAGACAGGAUAGCGAGAAAGUACUCACCCGAGGAAAUGUACGCAGAACACCCCGUCAAACGUCUUCAUUCACAAUGUAGCCAAGGCUCACAGAAAAGAAAGACACAGGAGGUGGUGAGGCUCCAAAGCGUUCCAAAAUCCAUGUCCCAACAUAACGAUGAUCCAUUGAGGCGGACUCUACAGAAACGAAUUGCAGCAGCAUUACCAACUGCAGAAACACCGAGGAGGAUGCAUCAGAAAGUGAAGGAACAUUACCAACCGAUGGAUGGGCCUCACGAAUCAUCACAACAAAGUCGUCAGAUUAAUACUCGCCGUAACCUGGUCGGAGUUGGUGAAUUGAAACACACAAAAAUUAUCAGCAAGUCUACUCCGAAAGUUGACGAUCAAAGCCAGAAGAUGGAUACAACUUGCAAUCUUAACUCGGAUUGUGACUGUCACUGUCAAUUUAAUGUCAGAAAGGCAUCGAAAAGAAAAUCAGGGCAUGGUGGGCCUCAUGCACUUCAAACCUCCAGACGUUCAGAUGGUGGUAAAUCUGGGCACAGCGAUCGAAUCCGUAUUCAUAUGCAAUGCACCAAAACAACCGAAGAUCAAGUGUGUGGAAUUUUCACACACCUCCAAGAUCAAGUAUGUGAGUUUGUCACGCAACUCCAGCCAGAGCUGGAUGUAGAGGCAGCUGUGUACAUCUUGGACCAGAUCGAGGCACCGAGAGAGGCGCAUGCUCAAACCAGUAUCUCGUCACAGGGAAGAGCACAGCGACAGUUCCACGAUCACGAAUAUGGAGUUUACAUGGAAUAA